UCUUUCUGUUUUUUGACUUGAGCUUCCUCUAUCAAAUUGCAUGUUUAUAUGAGUCACUGUGUUGAUUUAUCCGUCAGCAAGCUGCUCUACAGCUCAGCACAACUGUACAAAUUACUGUGCAAGUGAGCAGAGACAGCUCUGUUUAACCCUUCUGACUGCUUGUGUGUGUGCUGCCCUUGAGGGUGAAAACUCCUGGUUAUUUCAGGUUAUUUUCAAAUACAAAUAACUGAAACAGCUGUUAAUCCUCCGUGUGCCUGCCCAUAUGUGGACAUUUGAAGACCUGUUUUAUAUCUUAGCACAGAGAUAGGCUAAAAAAGAAAUAAACUCUUUACUUAAGUAAUUUUCUUCCUCCGUUUACUCCACCUCAACUUGUCCUUCUGGGCAGGGAGGGGGAGAAAUCCCCUGAUCCAUGCUCUCCCUGAUCAUGUUCAAUCACAGAGGGGUAAACUUUGAAACAAAUGAUUUCCUUCUGCUUGCCUCAGUUUCCUACUUGUCAUGUGAAAGAGAGUGUGAUAUCUUGGUUUGUUUUCUUCCCUUGCUACAUGAACAAUUCCCUUGAUUUAUCUGGGAUGCUUGCGUACAGUGACCUUGUGAGAUCUCUUCUCAUCUUGGUGAAAAUCUGUAACAGAUUGAUCAAAUUAGGUUGACUUAGACAGUUCUGCCUGGUUUUUUGCCCCAAGUGACUCCCUCCUGACACCAGAUAAAUGGAAAUGUCCGUGUGAUCUUUGUUUCUGGUGCAGUGCCUUGUGAUGUGGAGUCAGAACAGCUUUGCUAUGGUUGAGUGAUGUGGUGAUGAUAACUUGAGCUGCCUGAGGCUUGGGCCAAAGAAGCUUUUCUGUGGCUGCUGAAGCUUGUCUGGGAAGCUUCGUAUUCCUGUCUCUUUUUACCCAGUUUGAUGUUAGGUUUGACUUUAUUCUUCCUUAGCAGCUGCUACUAUUAAAUGUUUGUAUUUUGGUAGCUUACAAAAUUGGUGAUCUGGGUUGGAACCUUGCACGAGGCAGUUUCUGUGGAGCUUCAGACUCCCAGGAGAGGCUCAAAAAAUUGACCGUAUGAUGGAAGCUUUUGCUUCACGCUAUUGCCUUUGUAACCCAGGAGUCUUCCAGUCUACAGAUACAUGUUACGUGCUUUCAUUUGCCAUCAUUAUGUUGAACACCAGCCUGCACAACCACAACGUGCGAGAUAAACCCACAGUGGAGAGGUUUAUCUCCAUGAAUCGUGGAAUUAAUGAAGGUGGAGACCUUCCAGAGGAAUUGCUGAGGAAUUUAUAUGAAAGUAUUAAGAAUGAGCCAUUUAAAAUUCCAGAGGAUGAUGGAAAUGAUCUAACGCAUACAUUUUUUAAUCCAGAUAGAGAAGGUUGGCUGCUGAAAUUAGGGGGAAGAGUAAAAACAUGGAAACGGAGAUGGUUUAUUCUGACUGAUAAUUGCCUGUAUUACUUUGAAUACACAACAGACAAAGAACCUAGAGGAAUUAUUCCAUUAGAAAAUCUUAGCAUAAGAGAAGUAGAAGACCCUAGAAAACCAAACUGCUUUGAGCUCUACAACCCCAGUCACAAAGGUCAGGUAAUCAAAGCGUGUAAAACCGAAGCUGACGGCAGAGUGGUGGAGGGCAACCAUGUCGUGUACAGAAUAUCUGCUCCCACCCCAGAGGAGAAGGAGGAGUGGAUUAAAUCUAUCAAAGCAAGUAUCAGCAGGGAUCCCUUUUAUGAUAUGCUGGCAACAAGGAAAAGAAGAAUUGCAAAUAAGAAAUAGAACAUGAACAGCAACUUGUGACCUGCAUCAACCUAUAACUGAACAUACUGUGGAGUGAUAGAAGAAAUUGGACAAACUAAAUGAAGACAACUGUAAAUUUUAUAUAUAUAUACAUAUAUAUAUAUAUAUAUAUAUAUACACACAUUUUACUAUGGCAUAAAAACUUGGCAGAACUUUUCAGGGUAAAUAGUUACUGGUAUAUAAUUUGAAGUAAGCUUCAAUUCCCAGAGAAUUAUUAUAUUGGAACUUAAUUCAACUGAACACAUGGAAGUCUUGUUUUCCCUUAGAUUAGUGACAACUCCAGUUUACUUGGGUUGGGAGGGAAGGAGUGCAGGCCUAACACUAAGAUGUCCUUACCUGUUACCUGAGCACAUUUCCCAUAAAAGAAGGAGUUUUAUAAUUACUUUUGAGUUCUCACUUGAGUGCAGCACCAGCAGUGGAGCACAGCACGACCUGGCACUGCAUUUUCCCUGCAUUUUCCUGUAAGCAGAAACCUCACAGUCCCAGUGGCAGUUUUCAGUCGUGUGUGUUUCACAGGAACAGCUGAGUGCAGCUUUCAUUCAGGAUUCCUCUCCUACCUUCAUGGAAAUAGCUUUCCUUAGAAACACAGUGACUGGCAGCUCAGUGGGCACCUCGUGGUGCCAGAGGGUUUGUCAGUGAGCACUGAAAUACAAAUACAGGCAGGGCCCAGCAGCAGAGGUUUGAGGCUGUGGCCAUGCCAUGAAGUACCAGAUGUGGUCUGGUGUUUGCCAGCUGGCUAAAGCUCAUUCCUGUCUGCUCAUACACUCACAGCAAACACUAAGGUCUAAUGACUGGUUUAAUCUGCUUUUUCUGUAGUAACUUCCUUCUUAUGUUUGAGAUGCUGUAGUUUGAUUAAUUAACACUAAGUUGCUACUAAAGGAGUGAGAUGACAGAGCUUGUGUGACUUCAGGCCUUGCAUGUGAAAACACCCCCAGAUAAUUUCACAUGCAUUCAGUGUUUUUAAAGGGAAAAGCCAGGAAGGUGAACUGUCCCUGUAAGAUGCAGCCCUAGAGAGUUAAGCAAGCAGGAUUCAUUCCUUUGCUUGAUAACAAACUUUGGACAUAGAGAGUUUGUGCAAGUUUAUACAAGUCCAGUAUUUUUAUUGCAUUCUUAAAGGUGAUUUUCAGAUUUGUGCUACAGCAGUUGAAAUUGAAAAAAAUAGACAUUUUUACUAAAAACAAAGUAUUGAUUGCCUGGUGCAGCUAGACUUCCCCACAGGCAUGUGUCUCUGGAUUUGAAACCUGUGAAGGUCCUACUGCUGGGUCUUUCAGGAACACAACUGGUGCAGCAGAUUUUACUCCAGUGCUUUUCUGUUGAUAGCACACAUAUUGUUCUUAAGGUAAAACCCCUAAUUCAACAACAGGGCAAAAAGUGGGAGGUUUUGACUCUACUGCUUCUGUUACUACUCAGUUUUUCCCAAACUUGUUGAACCUGAGCCCUGCCUAUUGUGCCAGUGGAUGUGUUGGAGACCCAAAAUGUUCCAGCAGCUUUGCUUGUUGGUCACAGGAGCACCUUUGGCUCUGUUGUAGGGAGAUGUGCUGCACUGGCAAACCCACAGACUUACCAAGGUCUGAAAUCUCCUUU